UUUAGGGGGUAGUACUUCCUGUUGGGCUUUGGAGCUCAUAAUCGAUUUUUGUUGAUUUACAUGUAUUUUACAAACAUGCUGCCAUAAUAUGUCUAUAUCGAAUUAAGCAAUGUCGCAAAUAAGCACAAAGAAAGCUAGAUGCUUAUUUGAACUGCAGACAUAUCAGAGACGGCUAAGGCAUCUCCGGAGUCUUGCAAUCAGAAAUCUGGUGUGUCCUUGUUACAAUGGUAAAGAUGUCCACAAACUGCAGUCCUAUUUCACACUGCACCGUGACACAACAACCAAAGCAUUCUAUACAAGUGAAAAGAUAACAGGAUCAUUGAAUCCAUCUUGGCAAAGUUUUGACAUCAGUCGCUAUGAAGGUGAAAUCAACAUCAAGUCUCAAUCCUUGGUUGUGCGAGUUUGGUUGACAAUGGAUGACGACUGUCGUCUUCUCUUGGAUUGGACUGUCCACCUUACCGGCCUCAAUUUUUUCGCUGACAAGGUCAGAGUUAAACUAGAUUGUCCCUUUACGUUUGUUCUAGAUACAUAGUGACAUAUUUAUUUG